AUGCCUCAAGACAUGAACACCGACGCGCGCACUUCCAUUUCAGCCGACCCCUCAUCUCCCACCAGCUCGCGCAAUCCAGCCCAAUCCUCCACUUCUGAGCAGCCAAAGAAGAAGCGCAAAGUGAAUCAUGCCUGCGUCUAUUGUCGGCGAUCCCAUAUGACUUGCGAUUCUGAUCGACCCUGUAAAAGAUGUAUUAAGAGAAAUAUUGGACACCUGUGUCAUGAUGAACCAAGAGAAGGACAUGGUCAUCAGAAAAAGACCAAACCUGAAUCCGAUGCCGCCGCCACAGAAGAAUCCUCCCCACAAGCCGAAGAAUACGCCACAGCAGCACCGACUUUGGGCCCUCCAGCUCUUGUGGACGAAACCGGUCAUGACCUGCUACAGACUGACAACCUUCAUCUGAAACAUUCUCCAGAUGCCCCUAUGGCAGUCGCCACCACCACGGCGCCAGGUCAAAAUGCGGCCAUGAAUGGUAAUACACACAAUCAAUUUGGAUAUAACGAACACUGGCGAGGCAUGCAGGGCAUGCACGCUUUUCAUCCAAACUACAUGUUCAAUGCAAACGAAGUAACGGAUGAAUAUAAUCUGCUCAACGACUUCCUCAGUACCAGUCUCUUUGAAGAAACCGGAAUGUAUUCCACCGAUGAGUUCCGUGGGCCUUUCAACGACCCCUCAUUUAUGAAUGCCGUCGCUGAAUCAACGUUGCCUAUGCCAGCACACGACAAUCUGACGAACCCGAAUCAGUCCGCCAAUUUGCAGCCAAACCAGACUAAUGUCGCCCAAGCUGCUCUCAUAUCUCGGCCAUCUAGUGUCAAGCCUGUCUCUGACAAGGCGCGAGAGAAGUACUAUAUGAUGGCAGCAGAUCCCACUGGUGCAGAGCCUCCCGAGGAGCGCAUGCAAAAACUGCUCAAAGCAAAAUACGAUGCCGGAAUGCUACGGCCGUUCAAUUAUGUUAAUGGAUAUGCGCGGCUUAACAAGUACAUGGAAAAGAACAUGAAACACUCCUCCCGGCACAAGAUCCUUAUGCAGUUGGACCAAUUCCGUCCCAAGUUCAGGGAAAGGAUGCAGAGUUUGACCGAUAUCGAGCUUGUCUUGGUGGAAAUGUGGUUCGAAAGAAGCUUGAUGGAAUAUGAUAGAAUCUUCGCCAGCAUGGCCAUCCCGGCCUGCUGUUGGAGGCGUACGGGUGAGAUAUUCAGAGGCAACAAGGAGAUGGCACAGUUGAUCCAUGUGCCAAUCGAGUCUCUGCGUGAUGGCAAAUUAGCCAUUCACGAGAUUAUAGUGGAAGACCAACUGGUCAGCUACUGGGAGAAGUUCUGUGCCAUCUGCUUUGACCAGCAGCAAAAGGCUAUGCUCACAAGCUGCACUUUGCGUUGUCCACUCCCCAACUCUGAGGUGGCGGAAAUUCCAUGUUGCUUUUCCUUCACCAUCCGCAGAGACAACCACAACAUACCCUCUUUGAUCGUGGGCAAUUUUCUGCCUAUGAGCCCAGCAAAAGUAUGA